UGCCUGGAGAAAAGGAUGGAACGAGAUGGGCAGCUCAAGCUGCAAGUACGCCGCCAGAUUCACGAUCUUUUGGGAAAGCAAUACAUACACAAGGCUACGGCGCAAGAACUGGCGGAGGCUGACCCGAAACGGAUUUGGUACUUGCCAAUAGGUUUGGUGACGAACCCAAACAAACCGGGAAAGGUUCGUUUGAUUUGGGAUGCGGCGGCUAAGGCACAGGGUAUUUCGCUGAACGACGUGCUGCUCAAGGGACCGGAUGAGGUUAUGUCUCUACCUGGCGUACUUUUCCGCUUUCGUCUGUAUGCAGUGGCGACGUGUGCAGACGUGAAGGAAAUGUUUUUGCAAAUUAGGUUGCGAAAAGCAGACAAGCAUGCACAGCGCUUCUUAUGGCGGGAUGAUCCUGCACACGAGUUGGAAACCUACAUCGUGGACGUCGUGACGUUUGGGUCUACGUGUUCACCGGCUACAGCACAGUACGUCAAAAAUCGAAACGCAAAGGAGCACAUCGAACAAUUUCCACGAGCGGUAGAGGGCAUCCUUGAGAGUACCUACGUGGACGAUUUCUUGGACAGUUUCGGGACGGUAGAAGAGGCGUGUCAGGUAGCCAAGGAGGUAAGGGAGAUAUUCCGCAACGGUGGGUUUGAACUCAGGAACUGGAGCUCAAAUGAUUUGAUGGUUACAAAAUCUCUCGGCGAGUCAGAUGGCGGUACCAUCAAAUGCUUAUCAUCUACGGGAGAUGAUACGGAACGCGUGUUGGGGAUGCGUUGGAAUCCUGCAUCCGAUGAAUUAGGAUUCUGCACUCGGGCGUGCACGGCGGUAUCAGGCGUUCUAACUGCAGAGCGGAUUCCCACGAAGAGAGAGGUAUUACGGUGCGUUAUGUCGUUGUACGAUCCCCUUGGACUGCUGGCGAUGUUCGUAAUACACGGGAAGAUUUUAAUACAAGAUCUAUGGCGAACCGGCACGCAGUGGGAUGAGGAGAUUAGUAGCAACCAAUACAGAGACUGGCGCAGAUGGGUGGAUCUUUUCCAAACGAUUGCCGAUAUACGCAUACCUCGAUGUUACUUCACGGAAGCCUGUAUGAAGACGUACGAGAACAGCGAAUGGCAUUUGUUCGUCGACGCCAGUCAACACGCAUACGCAUGCGUAUUGUACCUCCGCAUUGUCGAUGACACGGGUGAGGCGCAAUGUACUCUUGUGGGAGGAAAGGCUAAGGUUGCGCCAUUGAAGCCACUCACCAUACCGAAGCUAGAGCUUCAGGCGUGCGUUUUGGGUGCGCGAUUUCUGUUAUACACGCAGGAACAUCAUCCAAUCAAGGCUAAACGACGAGUGCUUUGGUCGGACAGUACCGUCGCCUUGUCAUGGAUAAGAGCAGAUCCCCGAAACUACAAACCUUUCGUGGCCCAUAGAGUGGUCGAGCUUUUGGAGAGCACCUCGGCGAAUGAAUGGCGAUGGGUGCCGACUGACCACAAUCCGGCGGAUGAAGCGACGAAGUGGAAAGGAAGAUCGAACUUCAGUUACGACAGCACGUGGUUUCAAGGACCAUGGUUCUUGCAGGAAAAGGAAGACAGCUGGCCGAAACAGAGGUCGGUUGAUACCGACACAGCGGACGAGGAACGACGAGUAAAUUUGCAUGUCGAAGCCACCGACACAGGAUUGUUACCAAUUCCUUACGAGAGGUUUAGUAAACUAGAGAGGCUGCAGAGGACGAUUGGGUGGAUCGUAAGAUAUGUGGGCAAUCUAGGCAGGAAGGUGAAAGAUGAACCAGCGCUAGGAGGGAACCUCAGGCACGAAGAACUCUGCAAGGCAAACGUUGUUUUGUGGAAGCAGACACAGCGUGAGUUCUUUCCGGAAGAAAUUCUUAUCCUGAACAGCGAGAAUGGCGGCGAUGGAUCUAAAGGAAAAACGGUAUCUAAGCGAAGUCGUAUUUACCAACUGCUACCAUUUUUGGACGAAGAAAACGUGUUACGCAUGCGUGGGAGAAUAGGGGCGGCGGCGGAAGUUCCGUACUGCGCAAGGUAUCCUGUGAUUCUUCCAAACAACUGUAAACUGGCGGAGCUGAUAGUGGAUCGGUACCAUCGAGUCUAUCGUCAUGCUAACAACGAAACGGUGGUGAACGAGUUGCGUCAACAAUUCCAGAUUCCUAAGUUGCGAGUAUUGGUGAUGAAGGUAGCGAAGAGUUGUGCAUUUUGCACAAUACGGCGGUCGCUACCACAAAUUCCACCAAUGGCACCUUUACCUAAGGAGAGGUUGGCAGCUUUCGUCAGGGCAUUUACCUUCGUUGGACUGGAUUACUUUGGACCGGUGUUGGUAAAGAGAGGAAGGUCAAACGAAAAACGGUGGGUAGCACUAUUCACGUGUUUGACCAUACGAGCCGUGCAUCUGGAGGUGGUGCACAGUCUGUCAACGGAAUCGUGUGUAAUGGCGGUCAGGCGAUUCGUGGCGCGGCGUGGUGCUCCUGUGGAAAUCUUUAGCGACAACGGGACCAACUUCGUGGGUGCUAGCAGACAACUGCAGAGGGAGAUCCAGCAGCGCAAUGACAUCCUAGCGGCAACUUUCACCAACGAGCACACCCGUUGGACCUUUAACCCGCCUGGUGCUCCACAUAUGGGUGGAGUAUGGGAACGUAUGGUACGCUCAGUGAAGGCAGCGAUUAGCACAGUGAUGGAGGUGAAGAACACUCCUGAUGAUGAGACGUUCGCAACAGUUCUCUACGAUGCUGAGGCUAUGAUCAAUUCCAGACCGUUGACCUACGUUCCGUUAGAUCCGGAGAACCAGGAGGCGAUCACACCAAACCACUUCCUGUUAGGGAGUUCUUCGGGGAUCAAACAACAACCAGCGUUACCGACGAACUAUAGGGACAGUUUAAGAGGAAAUUGGAAACUAGCACAGCAUAUCCUGGACGGUGUGUGGAAAAGGUGGAUUAAGGAGUACCUGCCAGUUAUCACGAGACAGUGUAAAUGGUUUGAAAAUGUCCGUGAGAUUAGGUCAGGAGAUUUGGUACUGGUGUUAGAAGGUACAAUUAGGAACAAUUGGAAUAGAGGAAUUGUUGAAGACGUUAUAAGAGGAGUCGAUGGCCAUGUGCGGCAAGCAUGGGUUCGGACAGCUACAGGGACACUAAGAAGACCAGUGGCGAAGCUAGCCUUACUUGACCUGAAGACUCAAGGUGACCAUACGUAGUUGGUCACGGGCGGGGGGAAUGUUAGGAAAGAUAGGAUGACAGUAGAGUGACGGAUGACAGUAGGGUAACGGAUGACAGUAGGAUACCGGAUGACCGAAAUGUCAGCUGUAACGGUCAGGGAAAAAAGGAAGAAGAAGGGGGUGCGUCAACCAGUAGCCUGGGAAAGGACAAGGAAGUGACACCGUUUUAAAGUUUUUUCCUUCAGUGGAAAAUAUAAUACUGUGGAAAAUAUAAAACUAAAACUACACUUCACUGCGUCUGCUACUCAACCGGAAUCGUGAUAUCGAUACGCUUUAGCAGCUAUUUUACAGCUUAUCGCACUGUUGACU